AUGAAGCAGGAGAUGUUGAUCAAUGUCUCGCAACCGGAAGAAUGCCGGAUUGCCAUCGUUGAAGACGGCAUACUUGAAGAGCUCUACGUUGAGCGAAGUAGCCAAGACAACUACGUAGGAAACAUCUACAAGGGACGGGUCGUCAACCUGGAACCCAGUAUUCAGGCGGCUUUUGUCGACUUUGGAGUCGGCCGCAACGGGUUCUUGCAUAUCAGCGACAUCGAGCCCCAGUACUACCGCCAGGGUGGCUACGACCCUUCGCAGCCCAUUGAAAACGGUCGCGGCGGCCGGCGCGUCGUCACGCCCGAUGGCGACUCGGAGUCGAUCGACGACUUGUCUGAGAACGGCAAUAACGGGGGCUCCAGCAACGGCGGUUCAAGCAACGGGGGCGGUCGCCAGAAGCGCGGUCGCCGUACUCGUCCCGGGGCCCGCCCACGAGUGAAGCCCCCGAUCCAAGACAUCUUGCGCCGCGGCGACGAGCUGCUGGUCCAAGUCAUCAAAGAAGGAAUCGGCACCAAGGGUCCCACGCUCUCAACCUACAUCAGCAUUCCUGGGCGUUACCUAGUGCUCAUGCCAGCGCUGGGCCGCGUGGGAAUCUCGCGCAAAAUCGAAGACGAAGAAACGCGUCGCCGCCUCCGCGAUACGAUGCUCGAGCUGAAUCCGCCCAAGGGGCUGGGGUUCAUCGUACGCACCGCGGGAAUCGAUCGAACCAAGAAAGAACUCUCCCGCGACCUGGCCUACCUGGUUCGGUUGUGGAAGGUGAUCGUCCGCCGCAUUCGCAAGUGUACGGCUCCCGUCGACAUUUACGAAGAAAGCGACAUGAUCAUCCGGACCAUUCGCGACAUCUUCACCAGCGAAGUCGACUCGAUCUACAUCGAUGAGCCCAAAGCCUACGAACGGGCGAAAGAGUUCCUGCAAAUUGUCAUGCCGCGGUACGUGAACCGGCUGCAGCAGUACGAAGGUCGAGAGCCCUUGUUCCAUAAAUACGGUCUCGACGAAGCGAUCUCGCAGAUCCAUCGCCGCGAUGUUCCGCUCCCGCAGGGUGGUUCGAUCGUGAUCGAUCAGACCGAAGCCCUGGUGGCGAUCGACGUGAACAGCGGAAACUUCCGAGCCGACGACUCGGCCGAAGAGACCGCCUACCAAAUGAAUCUUCAGGCCGCUCGUGAGAUUGCCCGCCAGUUGCGUCUUCGCGACUUGGGGGGUGUGGUGGUCAACGACUUCAUCGAUAUGCGAAAAGAAAAGCACCGACGCGGGGUCGAGCGAGCCCUUCGCGAUUCGGUCAAACGCGAUCGGGCCCGCACGAAGAUCCUCCGCACCAGCCCCUUCGGGCUGAUCGAGAUGACCCGGCAGAGGAUUCGCCCCAGUAUCAAGCGGAGCGUCUUCAGCGACUGCCCCGGCUGCCACGGCACUGGGGUGGUGAAGACCUCGGAAAGUAUGGCCAUCGAGGUGGUGCGGGUGCUGAUGCUGGCUUCGCAACGCGAGGACAUCAAGCGAAUCGAGGUCCACGUCAUCGACGAUGUGGCCACCUACCUGAACAACAAAAAACGCCGCGAAUUGGCCAAAUUGGAAGACGAGGGCGAGAUUACGGUCCAAAUCUUCGGCCGCAAAGGUGUUUCGCCCGAGUUUCUGGAAGUGACCUGCCACGAUUCCGACGGCCGAGACGCAGAAAUCGGCCAGAUUGAUAAACGACGAAUAGGUGCUGAGAUGUACGCGAUCAUUAAAGACGGCGGACGCCAAUACAAAGUGGAAGAAGGCCAGGAGCUGGACAUCGACUAUCGCGAUGUUUCCUCGGGCGACACCGUGACCUUCGAUUCGGUUCUGGCAGCCGGCGUUGGCGAGGGGCUGAAAAUCGGCCGCCCGCUGCUCGAUGGAGCCACCGUCACUGCCGAGGUGAUCACCGCCACCCAAGGCGAGAAGCUCGUGGUGCAGAAGUUGCGACGUCGCAAGAACUCGCGACGCAAGACCGGCCACCGCCAGCUCUACACGCGUGUUCGCAUCGGCAAAAUCGAGAAUACCAUGACGCGGAUAUUGGGCUGGGUCUGGAGCCGCGGCAUCGUUUCCACAUUCCUUGCCGGCUUGUUCGUUAUCCUGCCGAUUGCCAUCACCGUUGGCAUCAUGAGUUGGGUCGGUGGGUUUCUCGAACAGUUUGUUGGCCCCAACAGUUUCAUCGGCCGCGCGCUGCAGGAACUGGGGGUCCAGCUAGUGAACGAGGACCUAAGGGAUUGGGCCUCCUUCGUCGGUUGGGCCUUGGUGCUCACCGCUAUCUGGUGUCUGGGUCUGUUGGUGAAGAGCAGCGCCCGAAACAACAUCGAAACGCUGGUUCAAUCGACCGUGGGGCGCAUCCCCAUCUUGCGAAGCGUUUACAAACCCGUAUCGCAAGUGGUCGACAUGAUGGCCGGCAAAGAUCAGGCCGACGUGAAAGGUAUGACCGUGGUCUACUGCGAGUUCGGUCAAGAACGGGGCGGCGGCUUUCUGGGCCUCCUCACCAGCAACGCCCUAUAUCGCUUUGGCGAGCAAGAUUGCCACGUGGUCUACAUCCCCACAUCGCCGAUACCCAUGUCUGGGGGAAUCAUCUUCGUUCCCCACAAAGCCGUUCGCGUGGUGGAUAUGCCCGUGGACGACCUGAUGCAGAUCUACUUCUCACUGGGCGUGAUGUGCUCGAAGGUCGUGCCUGGCGAGUAUGCCUCACCCGCCAAGGCUGAGUAG